UCCGCUCCUGUUCUCUCCGCUCCCCCUGGCUCCUCUCUACCCGGCUCUGCUCCCCCAGGCUCCGCUCCCGUUCUCUCUGCUCCCCCUGGCUCCGCUGCCUUCAGCUCCGCUGCCCCCGGCUCCGCUCCGCGCCCCGGGCUCUGCCCUCUCCGGGUGGCCGCGGGGCCGCCGCUCGCCGCGCCUGGAUGCGCCCCCCGCCACCGCGCCCGCGGCUCCCAUGGCGGUGGCACGGAAAAUCAAAACUUUGUUGACGGUGAACAUCUUGGUCUUCGUGGGCAUCAUCCUGUUCUCCGUGUACUGCAGGAUCCAGGACCGCUCGCAGGAGCUGGUGCAGAUCGUCCGGAGCGCGGAGCGCCGGGCCAGGAGCCGCGGCGCCAAGGUGGGCAGCCUGGCCGACAGGGAGUCCAUCCUGCAGCGCCUGGACCACCUGGAGGAAGUGGUCUACAACCAGCUCAAUGGUCUGGCAAAGCCCAUGGGAUUAGUGGAAGGUCCAGGAGGCUUGGGCCAGGGGGGAAUGGCUGCCACCCUGAGAGAUGACAGCCAUGAAUCAGAGACUAAGUAUGAAGAGUAUGGUUACAAUGCCCAGCUCAGUGACAGGAUAUCACUGGACAGGUCCAUCCCUGACUACAGACCUAAAAAGUGCAAGCAGAUGAGCUACCCGGAGGACCUGCCCCAGAUCUCAGUGGUGUUCAUCUUUGUGAACGAGGCUCUCUCGGUCAUCCUGCGCUCCGUGCACAGCGUGGUGAACCACACCCCGUCCCACCUGCUCAAGGAGAUCAUCCUGGUGGAUGACAACAGUGACAAUGUUGAGCUGAAGUUUAACCUGGACCAGUACGUGCACAAGAGGUACCCGGGGCUGGUGAAGAUCGUGCGCAACAACAAACGCGAGGGGCUGAUCCGAGCCAGGAUCCAGGGCUGGAAAGCUGCAACAUCCCCCGUGGUGGGGUUCUUCGAUGCCCACGUGGAGUUCAACACUGGCUGGGCGGAGCCGGCGCUGACGCGCAUCAAGGAGGAUCGCAAGCGCAUCAUCCUGCCCGCCAUCGACAACAUCAAGUACAACACCUUCGAGGUGCAGCAGUACGCCAACGCCGCCCACGGCUACAACUGGGGGCUCUGGUGCAUGUACAUCAUCCCACCACAGGACUGGCUUGAUAAAGGGGAUGAGUCAGCUCCCAUCAGGACACCAGCCAUGAUUGGAUGCUCCUUUGUGGUGGACAGAGAGUAUUUUGGUGAGAUUGGCCUGCUGGACCCUGGCAUGGAGGUCUAUGGAGGAGAAAACAUCGAGUUGGGCAUGAGGGUGUGGCAGUGCGGGGGCAGCAUGGAGGUGCUGCCCUGCUCCCGCGUGGCGCACAUCGAGCGCACCAAGAAGCCCUACAACAACGACAUCGACUACUAUGCAAAGCGCAACGCCCUGCGUGCCGCCGAGGUCUGGAUGGACGACUUCAAAUCCCACGUCUACAUGGCCUGGAACAUCCCCAUGGCAAACCCCGGAGUUGACUUUGGAGACGUUUCUGAACGAAUUGCUCUGCGACAGCGACUGCAGUGCCGGAGCUUUAAGUGGUACUUGGAGAACGUGUACCCUGAGAUGAGGGUUUACAAUAACACAGUCACUUAUGGAGAGGUGCGGAACAGCAAAGCCAGCGGCUACUGCCUGGACCAGGGGGCUGAAGAGGAUGACAAAGCCAUCCUUUACCCCUGCCAUGGAAUGUCCUCCCAGCUCGUCCGCUACAGCUCGGAAGGCGUCCUGCAGCUGGGACCCCUGGGCUCCACCGCCUUCCUGCCUGACUCCAAAUGCCUGGUGGACGAUGGCAAGGGCAGGACACCCACCCUCAAGAAGUGUGAAGAUGUCCUGAGGCCAGCACAGAGGUUCUGGGAUUUCACACAGAAUGGUCCAAUCAUCAGCAGAGACACAGGCCGUUGUCUAGAAGUGGAAAUGUCAAAGGAUGCAAAUUUUGGGCUCAGAUUGGUCGUACAAAGGUGCUCGGGUCAGAAAUGGAUGAUUAGAAACUGGAUCAAGCAUGGGAGGCACUGACUGUGGGGCUGAGCUGCCUCUCCUGCUGCUGUCCAUUGCUCAGUGUGCCAUAUCUCCUGAGGCAUUUGUCUUAAAGCAAAUUAGUUUGAACAGGUCUUGGCUCUCAAGAGUCCUCCAUCGUUGGGCAUUCCAAGGAAAGAAAGAAGAAAAAGGAAAGCAGACACACACAUGCCCUGUUUGACUUUUCCUUGCUUCAGCAGAUGAUGUGGGAAGAUUAACAAGAGUUUUAUGUUGAUUUGGAAAUCUUGUGAAGACCAGAACACAACAGGAAAGUGGAUUCCUCAAGCUCUCCCAGAGGAAUUGACAGAUCUUUCUAUGCUGAGUUCAAAGGAGACAUCCCAAUACUGCCUCAAAAAGAGAGUUCUCUGAUGGGUAGCUUUUUAGCUUUAAGUUUUGGACUGGUGCACAACUCCUACGGUGAAUAAUUAUGUGCCUUUUUUAUUGUACUUGGUAUAAAAGAGGACUGGAAAAAUCCUACCUUUUCAGCAUGUCUGGUUCAUUGUACUAAACAAGAAGAUCUGUAAAUAACAUUGGAAAUAUGUUAUAAUAUAUGAUACAUUUCAAGGUUGAUUGUUUAGGAGUCUCUGUUUCUAGAAAGAGACUGUUCUGCAAAUGUUUACAGGUGGUUCUCAAUCUUUGAGCUGCUGGACAGCAGCAUUUUAGAGACCUCUUCUAGUUAGACACAGAUAAAUGUUGAAUAGGUAAAAUAGCCACAUGCUCCGUUAUAUUGCCACAUUUUACAUUUGUUGGCUGUAGAGACAUCACAGUUUAGCACUUGGAUAUUUGGCUCUUCUGAGGCAGUAAAUGUCCUGGUGGAUGGAUGGAUUUCAGGAGGCCUCAGCUGGCCCCAAAGCCCUGAGUGUGUGUCCUGUCCUGCAGGUCACUGUUGUGUUGUUCCAGAGACUGCCUGGAACAAGAAUACUCCAAAUCCUCCUUAUUCUGGAAAUAAGUUGACUGGCUUAGGUGCCAUCUGUGGAGCUUAAAAACUUGGAUCUUCCAUUUUGUUUCCCAUCCUGUGAAAAUGUCAAAUGUGAGCAAAUAUUCUGUGUGAGCACUGUCUAGACAAAUUUCCUGAAUAAACCAACAAAGUCUUUUCAGCAUUUGAAAAACAAACACAAGCCUAGUGAUAAGAAGGCAAAUUAGAGCAAGAGGUAGGGAGCAUAUAUAAAUACUGUUACUCUGAAAUAUAAAUAUUUUACUCUAGCUGACCCAUUGGCAGCAUCUUUGUAAACCUGAAUUUGAUAAUGUAUCCAGUGGUUCAUGCAGGGUCAGUGCAUAUGGACAGAGCAGUGACAAGGUCUUUUCCAAAAAGCUGUCAAAAUUGAUGAGCACUGUCAUCAGCAGGUUUUGGAUGGGGGUCCAUGGCACACAGCUUUUCUGUACAGAUGAUUUCAGUCAUACUGAAGGAGAGACAGAGAUGGUAUCUGUUAAUUUCACAGUUUAAUAUUUUAUAGUUUAAAAAAAUUGUUUUGUUUUACUGAGCCAGAGAAAUAGAUAAUUGCAGUCACUGUGGUACUGUGAAUCUUGGUGAUCUGUUCCUUGAAUAACUUUUGCCAUUCCUAUUUCAAGGCAUGCUGAACAAAAUUUAAUGGAAGCAAAGUUAAUUUUUCAAGGGCAUGAUAUGUAAUAAAAUUUUUACUUUUAACAUGCAAAAUCCAUCAGAUCUUGUCAAGUCUUGGUUAGUAUCUACAAAGCAUAUCACUAUGUUUUGCCCCAGUUUUAUUCUUGAAAUAGAGUGUGCAAGAUGCAAUACCAAGCCAAUUCUCCUGGAGUUUACUUGUGGCUAAUUGCUGAUCUUUAUUCAUGUCUCAUGGACCAGGUUACACAUGAGCAUAUACAGAAGAGUAAUUCUGGGUGAGAUUCUAGGUACAAAAAUACUUAAAAUUCUGUGUUUGUGGUAAGUUGAACACAACCUUUUGAAAAGUGUAAUAAGACCUGCAGGGAGAGUAGCAUCUUUAAUAAAUCAAGCAAUACUGUAUAAAAUCACGGACAAUCUCAGUAUUCAAGCCUUCCUGCAGGUCCAAAACAGGUAGGAAACUUCAGGCUAAAUAGAGAUUGGGAACAGCUGCCCUGCAUUUAACCUCCUUAUGUUAAGCUAUCAGACAAUUUAAAAUUAUAUUCACCAUCUAUGCAGCAGAUGUUGAAGGCUUUGUACAGGAGUGAGUUUGUAAGUGAGUUUUCAUCUUCUCUCCAAAUACAAUUUCCACCUUUUAAAGCGUAUGAAAGCUUUAUUCUCCUUUUGUUUCCUCUGAUGGAGUUUUACUCCUUGAGGGAGGUGAGAAAGCAAAAGAAGGAAAAGAUGGUUUCACCAGGUGAGAUUUUGGGGGAGUAACAGGACAUUCACACCCAUUUUUGGUCUUUCCAGUGAGUAAGUGCUAACUAUUUAAUAUGAACAUGGCAGGCAGUGGAAAUUAAUUAUAUAUCAGUGUGACCUAUUAGAGUAUGAAGUUGCAGUACUGAACAGAAGCAAAUAUGUCAUGUGCUUUCUUUUUCCCUUUUAUUUUUCCUUGUCUUGAAUUAGCAAUCUACAUUUGAUCCUUGGUUAGCCCCUUAGUGGGGCAGCAAGCCUUUCAAACCCUGGGUAAAUGAAAAAGGAAAGCUGAAUAUUUAGAGGAAUUUAAAGUUUAAAUCUAUGCUACUGAAACAAAUCUGGCAUAGGCAGUUUAGGAGCUUUGAAGCUGAGAGGACCAGAUAGAUCUGUGUUUACUGGCAGAGAUUUCAAACCUUCAUCUGACACCACCAUGAUCAAAGAGAAUUGGGUUUCUUGGAAUUUUGCCCCUCAGGGCAUUUGACUGUGGCCACACUGUCUGAGAGUGGUCAGUCCUGGCAGGUUUGAGUGCCAAGGCCACCAGCUGCAGGAGGCUUGCAAAGAACCAGACUUAGGGUACAAGAAGGAAAACAGGUUUUUGUGGUAGAUAAAUGGCUUUGAGAUUUACAUAGUAACAUAAAAGAAAUCAAAUAACUCUUAAAAGGUGGAGUUGGUAUUUUAUGUGAUUGUCAUUUUUUUAAGACUUGCUGGAACAAUUUCUUAUAUUUGCAAAACACAUCUGUUGGAUUAAUUUUACUUUAUUCUUUAUCUGUAUGAACCACUGCUUUGGCUGUGGUACUAACAUGGUGACUCUGCAUGUGAGAGGGUCUUAAAUAUUCUCUCGUCAAAGGAAUAAUAAUAAAAAAAGCCUUGAGUAUUAUCUGUUUUAACCAAA